AACAUCCUCAACAUGAAAGAAUACAAUCUUAAGCUACCCACACGCAAUGUCCUCACCGGAGCCGUGGUCAACUGGGAGGACGACGAAAUGGGAGUAAUGGGAGAUAGCCCGGAGAAUCUGACAUUAGCUUGGAAGGACUUAUCUGUGUUUAGAAAGAAGAAAAUACACACUAGCAUGUGGAGAUCGGCGGUCUAUGAAGAGGUUAAAGUGUUGCAUGGAGUGAGUGGCAGUGUCUCGUCCGGAAAUCUGGUGGCGUUAAUGGGUUCAAGUGGGGCCGGAAAAACCACACUCUUGGCCGCCAUCAGCCGUCGUGACAAGAGCGCUCUGACGGGCUACCUCAUGCUUAAUGGAAGGUUAGCCGGCGCUGACCUGAUCGCCAGGAUCUCAGGCUUCGUGCCUCAGGAGGAUUUGGCAAUCGAAGAUCUCACCGUAGCUGAGCAUAUGGAGUUCAUGGCGCGUCUCAUGAUGGACAAACGGUCAACCAAAAUAAUGAGAGCCAAAAGAGUCGAACAGCUGCUUGGCGAACUUGGUGUUAUGAGCUGCACGAAGACUAAACUGAAGGCGUUGUCUGGAGGCGAAAGGAAGAGGGUCGCUUUGGCGGUACAGCUUCUAAACGACCCGCCCAUUCUCUUCUGCGAUGAGCCAACAACGGGGCUGGACAGUUGGGCUGCGAGCGCCGUGGUGUCCAGGUUAAGGAAGCUGGCGAUCGGUGGCAAACUAGUCAUAUGCUCAGUCCACCAGCCGGCGUCAGGAGUGUUCGAGAUGUUCCACCAGAUUGUGUUCUUGGCGAACGGCCGAACCGCCUUCCAUGGAACCAUUGCACAAGCGGACCAGUUCUUUGGAUCGUUAAACUACAAGUGUCCAGUUGGUUUCAACGCUGCCGAAUACUAUGUAUCCCUACUAGGAAUCCAGAUCGGUAAAGAGUCAGAGAGCCGAGAGAGAAUUAGGCGGAUCUGCGACGAAUAUCACCGGUCGGACAUCGCUGCCGAGAUUGAGGCUAGAGUUGGAGAAGUACAUGAUGAAGUUGAUUACUUUAAUGGAACUCUUGAUGAGAAGAACGAAUAUUUCGAGAAAUAUCUCACCCUAGUCAAAGUUAACUAUUUCGUCCAAUUCUAUUGGUUGAUGUGGAGAAACAUUCAGCAGAUGAAACACAAUAGUACAAUAUGGAUAGCAGAGUUUUUAUUACUCAUGUUUGUCGGCUUCAUAAUUUCCUUCCCCUACAUCGGACACUUCAAAGAGCUUGAUCAACGUGACAUUCAGAACGUGGAAGGCUUGCUGUACCUAACCAUCACAGAGACGAUAUUCUUGUUCAUCUACGCCGUUUUCAUCACGUUCCCCAGUGAGGUUCCCAUACUACUGAGAGAGACUGCCAGUGGAUUGUAUUCACCGCUGCCAUACUACUUAUCGAAGAUGAUAUUUUGGAUACCUCGCGCUGUUAUUGAGCCCGUUCUGUUCGGUUCCCUCAUAUUUAUUGUGGCGGAGCUUCGUGGCGGUUUCGUCGGCUGGCUAGGAUUCUGUUUCGUCUGUGUUCUUUGUGCUAACUACGCUAAUGCAUACGGAUCUUUUUUGUCGUCUGUCUUCGACAAAAUGGAAACCGCUGCACUGGUAUCCGUGCCAUUCGACCUCAUCGGGACAAUGUUCUCUGGAUUAUACCUCAACCUUGGAAGUGUCUCCCCGUAUUUCUCGUGGCUUCGUUUUGUUUCAGCCUUUUACUAUGGCAUCGAAUCCAUAUCCAUCCUCCAAUGGGAUUCCAUAGAGUCCAUCGACUGCGUCAAACUCCCGGGGAUACCUUGCAUCAAAACCGGUCCUGACGUUUUGAACAGAUACGGCUACUCCGAAUCUCAUUUCUGGAGGAACUGUUGUUGUUUAGCGACGAUGUAUUGUGUAGCGCAUUUUGUAGCUUUUAUUAUGGUGAUAAAAAGAAGUAGAGGCACACCCGUUUACUGAUGGGUAAUGUUUUAAUUGAAUAUCAAAUUAUUCCUAAAAUACCAUUCGGAAACUG